AUGUUGAGUGUACCAGUCAAAGUGCUGUGGUCUGAGGGGUAUUGACUGGUAGCCAUGUUGAGUGUACCAGUCAAAGUGCUGUGGUCUGAGGGGUAUUGACAGGUAGCCAUGUUGAGUGUACCAGUCAAAGUGCUGUGGUCUGAGGGGUAUUGACUGGUAGCCAUGUUGAGUGUACCAGUUAGUGCUGUGGUCUGAGGGGUAUUGACUGGUAGCCAUGUUGAGUGUACCAGUCAAAGUGCUGUGGUCUGAGGGGUAUUGACUGGUAGCCAUGUUGAGUGUACCAGUCAAAGUGCUGUGGCCUGAGGGGUAUUGACAGGUAGCCAUGUUGAGUGUACCAGUCAAAGUGCUGUGGUCUGAGGGGUAUUGACAGGUAGCCAUGUUGAGUGUACCAGUCAAAGUGCUGUGGUCUGAGGGGUAUUGACUGGUAGCCAUGUUGAGUGUACCAGUCAAAGUGGUGUGGUCUGAGGUAGCCAUGUUGAGUGUACCAGUCAGUGCUGUGGUCUGAGGGGUAUUGACUGGUAGCCAUGUUGAGUGUACCAGUCAAAGUGCUGUGGUCUGAGGGGUAUUGACUGGUAGCCAUGUUGAGUGUACCAGUCAGUGCUGUGGUCUGAGGGGUAUUGACUGGUAGCCAUGUUGAGUGUACCAGUCAAAGUGCUGUGGUCUGAGGGGUAUUGACUGGUAGCCAUGUUGAGUGUACCAGUCAGUGCUGUGGUCUGAGGGGUAUUGACUGGUAGCCAUGUUGAGUGUACCAGUCAAAGUGCUGUGGUCUGAGGGGUAUUGACUGGUAGCCAUGUUGAGUGUACCAGUCAGUGCUGUGGUCUGAGGGGUAUUGACUGGUAGCCAUGUUGAGUGUACCAGUCAAAGUGCUGUGGUCUGAGGGGUAUUGACUGGUAGCCAUGUUGAGUGUACCAGUCAGUGCUGUGGUCUGAGGAGUAUUGACUGGUACCCAUGUUGAGUGUACCAGUCAAAGUGCUGUGGUCUGAGGGGUAUUGACAGGUAGCCAUGUUGAGUGUACCAGUCAAAGUGCUGUGGUCUGAGGGGUAUUGACUGGUAGCCAUGUUGAGUGUACCAGUCAAAGUGCUGUAGUCUGAGGGGUAUUGACUGGUAGCCAUGUUGAGUGUACCAGUCAAAGUGCUGUGGUCUGAGGGGUAUUGACAGGUAGCCAUGUUGAGUGUACCAGUCAGUGCUGUGGUCUGAGGGGUAUUGACUGGUAGCCAUGUUGAGUGUACCAGUCAAAGUGCUGCGGUCUGAGGGGUAUUGACUGGUAGCAAUGUUGAGUGUACCAGUCAGUGCUGUGGUCUGAGGGGUAUUGACAGGUAGCCAUGUUGAGUGUACCAGUCAGUGCUGUAGUCUGAGGGGUAUUGACUGGUAGCCAUGUUGAGUGUACCAGUCAAAGUGCUGUGGUCUGAGGGGUAUUGACUAGUAGCCAUGUUGAGUGUACCAGUCAGUGCUGUGGUCUGAGGGGUAUUGACUGGUAGCCAUGUUGAGUGUACCAGUCAGUGCUGUGGUCUGAGGGGUAUUGACUGGUAGCCAUGUUGAGUGUACCAGUCAAAGUGCUGUGGUCUGAGGGGUAUUAACAGGUAGCCAUGUUGAGUGUACCAGUCAAAGUGCUGUGGUCUGAGGGGUAUUGACUGGUAGCCAUGUUGAGUGUACCAGUCAGUGCUGUGGUCUGAGGGGUAUUGACUGGUAGCCAUGUUGAGUGUACCAGUCAGUGCUGUGGUCUGAGGGGUAUUGACUGGUAGCCAUGUUGAGUGUACCAGUCAGUGCUGUGGUCUGAGGGGUAUUGACUGGUAGCCAUGUUGAGUGUACCAGUCAAAGUGCUGUGGUCUGAGGGGUAUUGACAGGUAGCCAUGUUGAGUGUACCAGUCAAAGUGCUGUGGUCUGAGGGGUAUUGACAGGUAGCCAUGUUGAGUGUACCAGUCAAAGUGCUGUAGUCUGAGGGGUAUUGACAGGUAGCCAUGUUGAGUGUACCAGUCAAAGUGCUGUGGUCUGAGGGGUAUUGACUGGUAGCCAUGUUGAGUGUACCAGUCAAAGUGCUGUAGUCUGAGGGGUAUUGACAGGUAGCCAUGUUGAGUGUACCAGUCAAAGUGCUGUGGUCUGAGGGAUAUUGCUGUCUGUCCCUUUCUAUGUCACUCUAUUUCUAUGUUGCAACUAGACUAGCAGCCUGCUAUGACCUACCACACUCCGUUCUGGUUCGUUCUGGUCCGGUCUGGUCCAGUCUGGUACAGAUCACAACAUGGCUGGGUUUGUCUCCUUGUGGACUUGGAUAGGCUAGUAACUAGUUGUGUUGGUCUCCCAUGGACUUGGAUAGGCUAGUAACUAGCUGUGUUGGUCUCCUUGUGGACUUGGAUAGGCUAGUAACUAGCUGUGUUUGUCUCCUUGUGGACUUGGAUAGGCUAGUAACUAGCUGUGUUGGUCUCCUUGUGGACUUGGAUAGGCUAGUAACUAGCUGUGUUUGUCUCCUUGUGGACUUGGAUAGACUAGUAACUAGCUGUGUUGGUCUCCCAUGGACUUGGAUAGGCUAGUAACUAGCUGUGUUGGUCUCCUUGUGGACUUAGAUAGGCUAGUAACUAGCUGUGUUGGUCUCCCAUGGACUUGGAUAGGCUAGUAACUAGCUGUGUUGGUCUCCUUGUGGACUUGGAUAGGCUAGUAACUAGCUGUGUUGGUCUCCCAUGGACUUGGAUAGGCUAGUAACUAGCUGUGUUGGUCUCCCAUGGACUUGGAUAGGCUAGUAACUAGCUGUGUUGGUCUCCUUGUGGACUUGGAUAGGCUAGUAACUAGCUGUGUUGGUCUCCCAUGGACUUGGAUAGGCUAGUAACUAGCUGUGUUGGUCUCGUGGUGGACUUGGAUAGGCUAGUAACUAGCUGUGUUGGUCUCGUGGUGGACUUGGAUAGGCUAGUAACUAGCUGUGUUGGUCUCCUUGUGGACUUGGAUAGGCUAGUAACAAGCUGUGUGUCCUACUGCUCUAUGACCUUAAUAGUGAUGUUUCUUGUUGCUAAGUGCUUCUGGUGACAUAUGUAUGUGGCUAUCAAAAAUAACAAUGGACAAUAAUAGUGUUGUUUAUGCUAAUUCACUCUAAUUAAUAUUGCCCUCCAAGCAUGCUGAUUCGUUCAAGUAUUUUUGGUUAAUUUAGCUGAAGACAAAAACAUCUGAUAGAAGUUUAAUUCUCUUUAUUUAAAUCAUAUAAAACGCAUGGUUCAUUUAGUUUUGGUAUUUCUCAAUAGACAACAUCCAUGUCUUGAUUUACUGUACAUUUCUAUUCUGUGUGUAAAUGUUAGACAUUAUUAUAUAGACUGUUGAGUUUGAUUGUCCUGGGCUGGGAUGUUAAUAUGGUGUAUGUGGUUACUAUACUACAGUUUUAACCAACCACAAAAUGUGACACAAACAUCACACGUCUUUGUGCCUCAAAUGCUUUGCUGUACAUGGAAGAAAAUAUACUCUGGCGUUUUUUUUCUCCAUUGUGGCUUACAACAACAAACUCUGAAAUGUCUGUCCCCCAAGGAUUCUGUUUGGAGGAAUGUGAUAUGAAGAUAAACACUAUAUACACUGUCAAACUCUGGUAUUUAUUCGCCUCUGAUUAUAGUGCUGCAAAGUAGAGAACUAAAACAGCAACAGCAAAUGUGAGUCCUGUAGUGAACUGUACUGUACAUGAUACCAACCACACGUACAGUCCUGAAGGCCCAGAGACCAACCACACGUACAGUCCUGAAGGCCCAGAGACCAACCACACGUACAGUCCUGAAGGCCCAGAGACCAACCACACAUACAGUCCUGAAGGCCCAGAGACCAACCACACGUACAGUCCUGAAGGACCAGAGACCAACCACACAUACAGUCCUGAAGGCCCAGAGACCAACCACACGUACAGUCCUGAAGGCCCAGAGACCAACCACACGUACAGUCCUGAAGGCCCAGAGACCAACCACACGUACAGUCCUGAAGGCCCAGAGACCAAUCACACGUACGGUCCUGAAGGCCCAGAGACCAACCACACGUACAGUCCUGAAGGCCCAGAGACCAACCACACGUACAGUCCUGAAGGCCCAGAGACCAAUCACACGUACAGUCCUGAAGGCCCAGAGACCAACCACACAUACAGUCCUGAAGGCCCAGAGACCAACCACACGUACAGUCCUGAAGGCCCAGAGACCAACCACACGUACAGUCCUGAAGGCCCAGAGACCAAUCACACAUACAGUCCUGAAGGCCCAGAGACCAACCACACGUACAGUCCUGAAGGCCCAGAGACCAACCACACGUACAGUCCUGAAGGCCCAGAGACCAACCACACGUACAGUCCUGAAGGCCCAGAGACCAAUCACACGUACAGUCCUGAAGGCCCAGAGACCAAUCACACGUACGGUCCUGAAGGCCCAGAGACCAAUCACACGUACAGUCCUGAAGGCCCAGAGACCAACCACAUGUACAGUCCUGAAGGCCCAGAGACCAAUCACACAUACAGUCCUGAAGGCCCAGAGACCAACCACACGUACAGUCCUGAAGGCCCAGAGACCAACCACACGUACAGUCCUGAAGGCCCAGAGACCAACCACACGUACAGUCCUGAAGGCCCAGAGACCAACCACACGUACAGUCCUGAAGGCCCAGAGACAAACCACACGUACAAUCCUGAAGGCCCAGAGACCAACCACACAUACAGUCCUGAAGGCCCAGAGACACACCACACGUACAGCCCUGAAGGCCCAGAGACCAACCACACGUACGGCCCUGAAGGCCACAGACUGGUUUUAAGGGGAUUACAGACUGUGGCUUUAAGGGGAUUACAGACUGUGGCUUUAAGGGGAUUAGACUGUGGCUUUAAGGGGAUUACAGACUGGCUUUAAAGGGAUUACAGACUGGCUUUAAGGGAAUUACAGACUGUGGCUUUAAGGGGAUUACAGACUGUGGCUUUAAGGGGAUUACAGACUGUGGCUUUAAGGGAAUUACAGACUGUGGCUUUAAGGGGAUUACAGACUGGCUUUAAGGGAAUUACAGACUGUGGCUUUAAGGGGAUUACAGACUGGCUUUAAGGGGAUUACAGACUGGCUUUAAGGGGAUUACAGACUGGCUUUAAGGGGAUUACAGACUGGCUUUAAGGGAAUUACAGACUGUGGCUUUAAGGGGAUUACAGACUGGCUUUAAGGGGAUUACAGACUGUGGCUUUAAGGGAAUUACAGACUGGCUUUAAAGGGAUUACAGACUGGCUUUAAGGGAAUUACAGACUGUGGCUUUAAGGGGAUUACAGACUGUGGCUUUAAGGGGAUUACAGACUGUGGCUUUAAGGGGAUUACAGACUGUGGCUUUAAGGGGAUUACAGACUGUGGCUUUAAGGGGAUUAUAGACUGUGGCUUUAAGGGGAUUACAGACUGUGGCUUUAAGGGGAUUACAGACUGUGGCUUUAAGGGAAUUACAGACUGUGGCUUUAAGGGAAUUACAGACUGUGGCUUUAAGGGGAUUACAGACUGGCUUUAAGGGGAUUACAGACUGUGGCUUUAAGGGAAUUACAGACUGUGGCUUUAAGGGGAUUACAGACUGGCUUUAAGGGGAUUACAGACUGGCUUUAAGGGGAUUACAGACUGGCUUUAAGGGGAUUACAGACUGGCUUUAAGGGGAUUACAGACUGUGGAUUUAAGGGAAUUACAGACUGUGGCUUUAAGGGGAUUACAGACUGGCUUUAAGGGGAUUACAGACUGUGGCUUUAAGGGAAUUACAGACUGUGGCUUUAAGGGAAUUACAGACUGUGGCUUUAAGGGAAUUACAGACUGUGGCUUUAAGGGGAUUACAGACUGGCUUUAAGGGAAUUACAGACUGUGGCUUUAAAGGGAUUACAGACUGGCUUUAAGGGAAUUACAGACUGUGGCUUUAAGGGAAUUACAGACUGUGACUUUAAGGGAAUUACAGACUGUGGCUUUAAGGGAAUUACAGACUGUGGCUUUAAGGGAAUUACAGACUGUGGCUUUAAGGGAAUUACAGACUGUGGCUUUAAGGGAAUUACAGACUGUGGCUUUAAGGGGAUUACAGACUGGCUUUAAGGGAAUUACAGACUGUGGCUUUAAAGGGAUUACAGACUGGCUUUAAGGGGAUUACAGACUGUGGCUUUAAAGGGAUUACAGACUGGCUUUAAGGGGAUUACAGACUGUGGCUUUAAAGGGAUUACAGACUGGCUUUAAAGGGAUUACAGACUGGCUUUAAGGGAAUUACAGACUGUGGCUUUAAAGGGAUUACAGACGGGCUUGAUUGGGACAAAUAAUUUUCCUCACUUGUUUUUAAGCAGGAUUUUUCUGAAAAUGUCUGGGAAUUUUGGGAAAGUUGCUGUAAUUUUGCAACUCUACUUGUUGUUACUUUUAUUGUAUAUUAUUUCAUGUUUAACUGUUCUAAUUAUCUAUUUUUACUUUGCUAUGUUCUGUAUAUACACUUUCUAUAAAACUGUUUUACUUUUUCCUAUGUAUAUACUCUUCAAAUGUAUUAUUUAUGAUUGUGUGUAUAUUUUUGUAGCGAUUCUGAAUGCAAUCGAUCAGCAUGACGUUCAUGUCUCUGUACCUGCAAUCAAGGCAAUGUAACCAUAGAAAUAGAAUCAAUAGAACAGACUUUCCCUUUCAAUCCUCCGCGUUGUGAUGGGCUUUUCCCUUUCUAGUAAUCAUAUUUCUAUGAAUGUAAAAACGUGUCCUCUGAAUGUUCUUCCCUUCGAUGUGAUUGGUCAGAAAACAUCUUCCCCUUCGAUGUGGUUGGUCAGAAAACAUCUUCCCCUUCGAUGUGAUUGGUCAGAAAACAUCUUCCCCUUCGAUGUGGUUGGUCAGAAAACAUCUCCCCUUCGAUGUGGUUGGUCAGAAAACAUCUUCCCCUUCGAUGUGGUUGGUCAGAAAACAUCUUCCCCUUCGAUGUGAUUGGUCAUUGGAAAUCUAUGCAUGACUGCUUUUAGCCAGAGUUUACCUGUGUUAAAUCAACAAGUCCUGGAAAGCAAUGUGUCUCUAUUCUGUCAAAAGAAAAUAGGUAUCUUAUUUCGUCAUGAUUGUUAAUCAGUCGAGAUAAUAGAUUGUUGAUUAAAGUACCGACUGAUAAUAUUUCUUCCCAAGACGUUUUGAAGAAGAAAAAUAUAGGUUUGUUUAUAUUGUUUUGGGACUCACGAGGUUAAAAAGGAUGAAUGAAAAAAUAUCAAAUGAAUGUGGUGGGUUAUGGAAAUUAGAACGGUUUUAGUUGAAUCUCUUGCAAUUUUAUGUUUACAUACCCUACAUUACUCAUCUCAUAUGUAUAUACUGUACUCAAUACCAUCUACUGCAUCUUACCAUCUUUAUGUAAUACA